GUAAAGAUGUGACGCUCAACUAGGACAACUUCUUUAACCGCAGAAAACCUCGUUUCCACAACUGUGAAGUGGGGAUAAUCGCAUUUACCUUGAAGCGCUGUGAGAGAGAAUGGAGGUGAAGACCCUAGCCCAGGGAGAGGAGGCACCUCGUGGCUUCUCAGCAGAUGGUCUUGAGUCAGAGCACCGGCCUUGGGGACCCUGGACCACUACCAUGGAGACUGAGAGCGAGCAGAACUCUAACUCCGCCAAUGGGAGUUCCAGCUCUGGGGGCAGCUCUCGGCCCCAGAUAGCUCAGAUGUCACUGUACGAACGGCAGGCCGUGCAGGCCCUGCAGGCGCUGCAGCGUCAGCCCAACGCUGCCCAGUAUUUCCACCAGUUCAUGCUCCAGCAGCAGCUCAGCAAUGCCCAGCUGCACAGCCUGGCUGCCGUCCAGCAGGCCACGAUUGCUGCCAGUCGGCAGGCCAGCUCCCCGAACACCAGCACCGCUCAGCAGCAGACCACCACCACCCAGGCCUCGAUCAACCUGGCCACCACUUCGGCCGCCCAGCUCAUCAGCCGAUCCCAGAGUGUGAGCUCCCCCAGUGCUAGCACGCUGACCCAGUCUGUGCUGCUGGGGAACACCACCUCCCCGCCCCUCAACCAGUCCCAGGCCCAGAUGUACCUGCGGCCACAGCUGGGAAACCUAUUGCAGGUAAACCGGACCCUGGGCCGGAAUGUGCCUCUAGCCUCGCAGCUCAUCCUGAUGCCUAAUGGGGCGGUGGCCGCGGUCCAGCAGGAGGCGCCAUCUGCUCAGUCUCCGGGAGUCCACACAGAUGCCGAUCAGGUGCAGAACUUGGCUGUCAGGAGCCAACAGGCCUCAGCCCAAGGACCCCAAAUGCAAGGCUCUGCUCAGAAGGCCAUUCCUCCUGGAGCCUCCCCUGUCUCUAGCCUCUCCCAGGCCUCAAGCCAGGCCCUAGCUGUGGCUCAGGCCUCCUCUGGGGCCUCCGGCCAGUCCCUCAACCUUAGUCAAUCCGGUGGAGGCAGUGGGAGUAGCAUCCCAGGGUCCAUGGGUCCAGGCGGAGGUGGCCAGGCGCCUGGGGGCUUGGGCCAGCUGCCUUCCGCAGGAAUGGGCGGUAGUGGGAGCUGUCCCAGGAAGGGCACAGGAGUGGUGCAGCCCCUGCCUGCAGCCCAGACGGCGACCGUGAGUCAGGGCAGCCAGACAGAAGCCGAAAGCGCAGCGGCCAAGAAGGCGGAAGCAGACGGGACUGGCCAGCAGAACGUGGGCAUGAACCUGACGCGGACAGCCGCACCUGCUCCCAGCCAGACCCUCAUUAGCUCAGCCACCUACACGCAGAUCCAGCCCCAUUCCCUGAUUCAGCAGCAGCAGCAGAUCCACCUCCAGCAGAAGCAGGUGGUCAUCCAGCAGCAGAUCGCCAUCCACCACCAGCAGCAGUUCCAGCACCGCCAGUCGCAGCUCCUGCACACCGCCACGCACCUGCAGCUGGCCCAGCAGCAGCAGCAGCCACCGCCUCCGCCGCCACAGGCCGCAGCCCUCACUGCCCCUCCGCCCCCGCCGGUGCCCCCCGCUCCGCAGGUCCCGCCUUCCCAGUCCCAGCAGCAAGCCCAGACCCUGGUUGUUCAGCCCAUGCUUCAGUCCUCGCCCUUGCCUCUCCCACCCGACCCAACCCCCAAGCCACCCAUCCCCAUCCAGUCCAAACCAUCUGUAGCCCCGAUCAAGCCUCCUCAGUUAGGGGCUGCGAAGAUGUCAGCUGCCCAGCAGCCCCCGCCCCAUAUCCCUGUGCAAGUUGUGGGCACCCGACAGCCGGGCACAGCCCAGGCCCAGGCUCUGGGGCUGGCACAGCUGGCAGCUGCCGUACCCACUUCCCGGGGGGUGCCGGGUACCAUGCAGCCUGGUCAGGCCCAUUUGGCCUCCUCGCCACCAUCAUCCCAGGCUCCUGGUGCGCUGCAGGAGUGCCCUCCCACGUUGGCCUCUGGGAUGACCCUUGCCCCUGUGCAGGGGACAGCACAUGUGGUCAAGGGUGGGGCGACCACCUCCUCCCCUGUUGUAGCCCAGGUCCCUGCCGCCUUCUACAUGCAGUCUGUGCACCUGCCGGGCAAACCCCAGACAUUGGCUGUAAAACGCAAGGCUGAGUCUGAGGAGGAAAGAGAUGAUGUCUCCACGUUGAGCUCAAUGCUUCCUGCGAAGACGUCUCCAGUAGUUGAGAGCCCGAAGGCCAUGGAAGAGAAGAGUGGUCUCGGAGAGAAAGCUGACCCAGUGACCAGCGUGACUGCCAAUACCCCAAGCAGCGAUGUGGUGGCCUUGGCUCCUGCCCCAGCAGCACCCCCUCCAACACUGGCCAUGGUGUCCAGGCAGAUGGGUGACUCGAAACCCCCACAGGCCAUUGUGAAGCCGCAGAUUCUCACCCACAUCAUCGAAGGCUUCGUUAUCCAGGAGGGAGCAGAACCUUUCCCGGUGGGUUGUUCUCAGUUAUUGAAGGAGUCGGAGAAGCCACUACAUACUGGCCUCACCACAGGGCUGAACGAGAAUCAGGCAGGUGGCCCCUUAGGGGGGGACAGCCCGUCUGCUGAGCUCGACAAGAAGGCGGCCCUCCUGAAGUGUGAGUACUGCGGGAAGUACGCACCUGCAGAGCAGUUUCGCGGCUCCAAGAGAUUCUGCUCCAUGACUUGCGCCAAGAGGUACAAUGUGAGCUGUAGCCACCAGUUCCGGCUGAAGAGGAAAAAAAUGAAAGAGUUUCAAGAAGCCAACUAUGCUCGUGUUCGCCGGCGCGGACCCCGCCGCAGCUCCUCCGACAUCGCCCGAGCCAAGAUCCAGGGCAAGCGCCACCGGGGUCAAGAGGACUCCAGCCGGGGUUCAGAUAAUUCCAGUUAUGAUGAAGCACUCUCUCCAACAUCUCCUGGGCCUUUAUCUGUGAGAGCUGGCCAUGGAGAGCGUGACCUGGGGAACCCCAGUACAGCUCCGCCCACUCCAGAAUUGCACGGCAUCAACCCUGUGUUCCUGUCCAGUAACCCUAGCCGCUGGAGCGUGGAGGAGGUGUAUGAGUUCAUCGCUUCCCUGCAAGGCUGCCAAGAGAUCGCAGAGGAGUUUCGUUCCCAGGAGAUUGACGGACAGGCCCUCUUAUUACUUAAAGAGGAACAUCUCAUGAGUGCCAUGAACAUCAAGCUGGGCCCGGCCCUCAAGAUCUGCGCCAAGAUAAAUGUCCUCAAGGAGACCUAAGGUGGCCCUCUUGCACAAACCAGCCCAAGGCAGACACUCCCCACUGUCCAGGUUAUGACCUGGUGUCAGCAGACUUCACAGGGAAGAAAGAGCUGUUCCAAUUAUGUAAACCUUCCGUAGAGUGGAUUACUGAGACGGGGAAGAACAGUGCGAGGCUUGGUCGCUGGUGCUACAUGGCGGCAGCUCUGACAUUUCUCUGGGUUCUACUUUGUUUUUUAAAAUCUGUACCAUUCUCACCUCCCCCGAUCCAGUCUUUACAAAAGAGGCAGUCUGGAGGACUAGGACUGCUCAGCCUUAUCCCAGAGCGGGGUGUCUAGCCAGGGUCUCGGUCCUCCAGGAGGAGGAGUGUACGGUGCCGGGGGCCAGGAGGUGGCUGGGAUGUAGGUGUGCCUCAGCCGCGCGGGAGGCAGGGUUUUUCCAGCUUGUGUGACACAAGUAGCAGAAUCCGGUGCCCCCUCUUCCCUCUGGAUUGUCCGACUGUAGCUGUGGCUGAGUUGUGCUGUCCCUCCCUUAGUACUGAACGUUCUCUCCUGCAUCCGUGGCAGGGUCACCAGCCAGGGCAGAGACUUGGCUGGCACCGUCCUGAUUAGCUGCAGGGACUGUUUGGCACGCAUGUGGCGGUUGCCAUCCUUUCUGCAUCCCCUGCUCCCUUCCAGUUUAUCUGUUGUCUUCUGCCCUCCCUUUCCCAUUCCUACUCUGCUCUGUCCUAUAGCUUUAUAAAGCAGGAGCGCGUGGGGCUGAGGUCAGGCGUAGAAGUACCUGCCUUAGGCGCUAUUCCUUAUACAACAAAAAAUAUUAAAUAUUUUUUUUUUCCCUCCUCAGUAAAAGGAUGAAAAUUGGU